ACAUCCUGUGCUGGUGGUCUGUGUGGUGGAGCAGACAUUGUGCUCCCUGAUUACAUUGUCUUACUUGUCCUUUGUUGAAAAGGAGUUCAUCCUGCUUCCUCACCCUGAUUACCAACUGUUUGAGAGAGGUGGCUGGAUCCUACGUUCCUUUUAUGCCAUUUAUAGUUGCUGGGCACGUAGGAGUUGCUUAUCAAAGACUGUUAAACUGGAUGCAAAUGAAAUUCCCUUUAAUUUACCAAAAAAAGAGCAGUUAUUACUGGAGCCCUGAGGAGCUUUUUGAAUCACUCCUGGAUGAAAUCAACAGGAAGCAGAGGGGACCACAGGAAGGAAGAGGCUGUUAGACAAAGCCAGUGGCAGACACAGUUAGCAACUAAGUGACAGCUGGCCCGUUUGUUGUCUGUCCAGUGGUGAGGGGUUGUGGAGAAGUAAUACACAAGAAGACCGAGAAUACACAAGAAGUCUUCAGAAAAUAUGCAGGCUUACUGGAGAGAUGGGACAUGCUCACGAGAUGGGAGUCGACCCUUAGGAGUAGGGUAAAAUGCAUACAGGUUAAGCAAGGUGACCCACCGAGUUCUUCAUUAUGUCCAAUGGAGACUAUGAUUACCUCAUCAAGUUUUUAGCUUUGGGAGACUCUGGAGUAGGGAAGACCAGUGUACUUUACCAGUACACAGAUGGUAAAUUUAACUCCAAAUUUAUCACCACAGUGGGCAUUGAUUUCAGGGAAAAAAGAGUGGUGUACAGAGCCAAUGGGCCCGAUGGAGCUGUUGGCAGAGGUCAGAGAAUCCACCUGCAGCUGUGGGACACAGCAGGGCAGGAGAGGUUUCGUAGCCUGACGACCGCGUUCUUCAGAGACGCGAUGGGAUUCCUGCUGCUGUUUGAUCUGACUAACGAGCAAAGCUUCCUCAAUGUCAGAAACUGGAUAAGCCAGCUACAAAUGCACUCAUAUUGUGAAAACCCAGACAUAGUGUUGUGUGGAAAUAAGAGUGAUCUGGAAGAUCAGAGGGUAGUAAAAGAAGAGGAAGCCAAAGAACUUGCCGAGAAAUAUGGAAUCCCCUACUUUGAAACUAGUGCCUCCAAUGGUGCAAACAUAAGCCAGGCGAUCGAGACGCUCCUGGACCUGAUAAUGAAGCGAAUGGAACGGUGUGUGGACAAGUCCUGGAUCCCUGAAGGAGUGGUGCGUUCCAAUGGCCACACCUCCACACAUCAGUUAAGUGAAGAAAAGGAGAAGGGGACAUGUGGCUGUUGAAAAGUCAAGCCAGCCGCACAGUCAUUCAAGCGGCCUGUGUCUGUGGUCUCCUCUGUGGUUGAUCCAUAGCACAGCGAGAGAUCCACGAGCAUUGGGCAAGAACUGCUUCUCACUAUCCUACUUAGACCUAUCAAGCAAGCAUCCAGUUCUAAAACUAAUUUCCUGGAGCUUUGUAAAUAUUUCUUUAAGUUUCAGCCUGAGAGUUAGGAGGAAGAUUUCACAGAGCCAAGAGUGCCUUAAUAAAACCUUAGCCCACGGCAGUUGAUGGUUCAGGGAUUUUGCAGCCACAGAAGAGUGCAUUUAUUACGUCGAGUGGCUGAGGAUAACUGUCACCUGCCUCAAGGGCUACGGUCUCACAUUCAAGAUCUUAGAUGCAAUUUUAAAGCUAUCAGUCUUGAAUCCAAAUUUAAAAAACCCUCCGUGUACCAUAGGCGAACUUCUAAAAUGCUGUGGAAUCCACUUGAGCGUUAGACAAGAAUACACACACAUCAGUUCAGUGCCGUUGGGCAGUGUUAAUUUUACGUAAGCUUUCCCUUUCACACGAACACGGGACGAGUUAUGGCUGAAUCGACAGACCCUGGCUGAACUGAAUUGACCAACGGUGCACUCAUUGUGACUCUUCUAUUUUGUGGGAGAGGGCUUGCGGAGCCAGGGGCAGGGGUGGUUUCAUGUAGUGUGAGCAAUGAAGUGGGGUCUCUGGUUCCCUACCAUACUCCCAUUGCUCUGAAGGGUUGAAUGAGAGGUCAGGGAACCAGAUUUUACGGCUUCAGUUCACUGUGAUCUGUGCAUUUACCGUCGGCCUAUGUGCUGGCCACACAUGAGUACAGCUGAUGCUUGUGUUGCAGUGAUUUGUGAUAAGCAAAUGUUUAGCUUCUUUUUUUUUUCUAUUUAUAACGUGGGUCUGGCGUCCUCAGACUGCAGUUUCAAUUAGCUUGUAAACUACCAGUCCUCUGUCUUCACCACCAGGUUCUGUAUGGCUAUUUGCCAUUUGUUUUAUUUUUACAUUGAUGGCAUUGAAGGAAUUACUUUUGGAUUACAUUAAAUGUCUGCUGUUUGGUGGAAGAUGGAUGUUUGUAUUUCAGCAGUCACAUUUGUACUCUGGUUCAGUGUAAUAACAAUGAAGUGUUUAUAGGCGGUAUUUUCCAUCAACAUCACAGGCAUUGACUGUACGUGCUGAGUCUUGCCAAAGUCAUUACUUCUGCUGCAUUGCCAAAGUGCCUUCUUGCCAAAUGGAAGGUGAUUUUAAAACAUGCUUUAUGGCAUUUGUUUAUAAAGUUCAAAGAUAUUUCAUUUAGGGGAAAAUUCUUAUUUAUUACAGUGGUUUAAAUAAAGUAGAUUAAUAUUUCCAGAGAGCUUAAUGGCUAUUUUGGAAGAAACACCACUACUUAUAAUUUAAAUAGAGAAUAAAAAUAAAUGUAUUUUGUGGCAGUAAAUGUUUGGUAGAACUGUAAUUAGAAAAUUACAAGUAUGAUAGAAAAUAAUUACUUUUAUACAAUAAUUUUGAAAUGGGUUUUUAUUGAGCACCUAUCUUGCUUUUUGCCACUACCCCUCCCACCACCCCCAUAACAGACUUAACUGUGGUCAUAAGAUUUUUCCCAUUUCUGUCUUUGAAAUGGCAGCUUAUUUUAUAUACUAAAGAACUCACUGUGCCCUAUGCAUCUGAAUUGUGUAUUCUAAUGAUUAAAGGAUUCAGAUUCAAGAUCAGGGUCAUAACCACACAGCAGUGCCUUCUCAGACUGCCAUAAGACUUCAGAGGAAUGGAUCACAAUUUUACAGCUAUAUAUCAGGGCAUCUUUUAUAUGGUAGUUAAAAAUAAGAGAGUAGUUGCGUGUUUUCGUUUUUAAGAACCAAAUGAGUAAUGAGCUACAGAUCCCAUUGGCCUUAAACAUAUCCAGUUAAAUGUGUACAUGAUACACUGCACACACAAGAACCACCUUUAAUUAUUGAAAUAAAAAACCUGUACUCUCUUUGGAAAUCAUCUACUUAAAUUUGAUAUUGAAGUACAAUAUAUUUUGUGUAUCAAUGUAUUUUUUUCUGUUCACAAGCCUGUGUAGAAAGUGAAGUGUAUCUUCAGUGGACCUUGUGCCAAUUAAGCUUAUAAUAAAAAGCUGUCUAGUCAA